UGUCAUUUUGGCGAUCAUAGCGCAAGGUUAAGUUAAGAAACACAAUUGUCGCCUGAGAGUUUAUAUACGUGUGUGUGGUUUUCUUUGGAUUUAAGUUCAGUGGAUAUUUUGCCCAAAUAAAUGUACUUGGAUCAAUACAAAUGUGAUGUUUUUAUAAAUAAAUGUGCUUGUGGAAAUAACAAAUAUCUGUGCAUAGGAGAUGCCACAUAAACAGAGGCACGGAUUCGCUGUGGCCCAGCCAAAUGACUUUGAGAAGCAACACCGCCCGAGCGCCUUCCAGCACCUGCCGCCGCUCUCCGCUAGGGAGCCUGCAUACAGUGAAAGGCCCCAUAUCUUGGAGCGGGGGUCUUGGACAAAGGCAGCACCCAUCAAGGAGAAGAAACACCACUGUCAUGUUAGCGACUCUAUCGGCAACAACUACAGCCCCUCUGCCCGCAACCUUACCUCCUCCUAUAUCUAUGAGAAUUAUAAAGGACACUAUACGGGAGAAGAGAGCUAUUACCUGACUCCGCGCAUUAGAAGUCUUUCACCCCCUCCACAGCUGGACGUGAACGGCUUUCUUACUGUCCGAGCACCAAAAAGCAUAUUACCACCAACUGAUGGUCACUUUAGCGAAACAACAAGCUGGAUUUACGGAGUCAAUUGUCGCAAUGCGGGAAACCGAUCUGCCCGAUCGUACAAGUCCGAACCGGAUUUUCAUAACCGGGUCCCAGGCUACACAAUGUUACCUCCCCUGCAGAGCACCUCUGGAAUGGGCAGUGACCUUGAAACCACAGUCGGAUCAACAGGAGGAAAAUCAGUAGACAAUGAGAAAUCACUGCGGUUCUUCCUGGGGGUCAAAUCUGGCCCCAACAGUAUGUCAGAGAGUGGGGACUCGGGGUUUGGGAUGUCAGGGUACGCUCCAGAGAUGACCCCAGUACCAGAGGUCACAGAGGGACAGAAUGGUCAUACCAAAGAGAAUGACCCUGACCUUCACCUUGACCUUCAAGGGUCCAAUGAGCAGGUAGAGGUCACUGAGAUAAAUGGGUACAGUGACAAGUAUGAUGCAGAUACAAAGGAAGUUUUGAAAGUCGAGUUUCCACCAUUUUAUUUCUCCACACAUGGUCUCUCACGACCUAGUACACCAAUAGAAGAAGACCGGGGCAGGUACUUCAGCCUGCUGAACAAUGCAAUCACGGCUGACAUGGUAUCCACAGUUGAGGACAGCACCCUAGCCGGUAUCUACCGGUUUGUUCCAGACACACUGCUGGCUCUCACGCAGGCAAAACACGAGUUCCUUGAGGAGAUGCAAGAUGAUCGUAGGUUUGCCAUUAAGAAGGCAAUUGUGGAUUACCUCCUGCUGGACAAAAAGGAACAGGACCGUCUGGGUGUACCAAUACCUGCAAAGCCGUCCAACUCUGCUGGUCGCUAUGGCUACCCAUGGCAUGACCGCAUGAACCAGGUGCGAGAGUUCAUGAAGACAGACGUGUACAUCACGCACCCUGCCAUGUUCUCAAUCCUUUACCACUUCCAUGAAAAGUAUGGAACAUUUAGGCUGAUAGACAUACCGGGCUUGCAUGCUGUGAUGCCUGUCACCAUGGAGACCUUCCUGCAACAUGUGCAGAGGUCCACUAAGGUGGGCGUGUCUCAUCUGGAAAAUGAUUGGCUCCCAGAGUGCUGUGGGAUUGUGGACUUGAGAAGGGAGGAGGUGGAGCAGUGGAUGCCGCAAGAUGACGAGGUCUUGCGUCAAGAGAAAAUGGACCACUUUUUCAACAGCGUUGCCACACUGAUGUCUAACCUGCUGCGUAGCGCUGUAAUCAACUCAAUAUCCGACCUUGUGGAUCUUAUAGAGGAGUAUACCGGGGGGAACCAGUAUGAUGGGGAGUACGAUAUCUACUCAGGGCUCGCCUUACCUCAGAAGAUUCAUCCCGUCAGAAUAUUCAUGAAAGAGGACAUGGAAAAUGCGCAAGUGAUCUUCUCACCGCUGUUCCCAGAACUCUGCGAGUUCUUCAACGCAAUCAUUGAUUUCAUGGUGAUCAGUGUCUCGCAGCUUCCAAGGAUUGAGCACCUGCUGUUUGAAGCUGUUGAAAACCUGGACAUCACGUUCAUACGCACAGUUCAUGUGGAGGAGGAGGUCGUGGUUAACGCCAAGGAGCGGAUCAAAACUGUCAUCUACAACAACCAUCACGGGCCUUCCAAGUACAGAUCUAUCUACGAGCCGUACAAGCACCUGCUGUCGGUGGAGGCUGACAGGAAGGUGGACAAGUUCCUCAGUCGGGAUCGCACGCUGCGGGAGUACACACAGGAGAUAGAGAAGUUACGGACAAUGGAGAGUGACAUCCGAUCUUUCCCUGUCUUAGUGCCCAUGCACCUCUUCCUCCUCGACUGCUCACAUUUCAAUCAGUGGAUGAUAGACCGCGCACUGCACCUCAUAAAGCGAAUGGUUGACAACAUUGUGACUGUGAGUGAGGGGUUUAACCGCAGCAUUUGCAAGCAGUAUGACAAGAUUGUCAAGAGCAUUAUGCGUCAUGCAGAGAAGACUGAUGAGCUGGUUGCUCAGAUGAAAUAUGUCGAGGGUCUGAGAGCGGGGGAGCUGCUACAUCUGAAGGAGAAGCAAGAAGUUGCCGCGGGCAACCUGCUGUUCCUGAUGCAUUAUGCCAAGCUUUCCCCUAACGACAUCCUGCUCAACAACAACACAUUCUCCUGGGCGGAAAGGAUCUUACCCAUGAUCACCAGGACCGAGUUGACUCUGCAGAAGGAGCAUGAGAUUUACACCAACAAGAUGCUGGAGAGGCAGCGGAACUUCCAGCAGGACCUGGACGAUGUUGCGAGGAGACUGAAGGAGUUUGCCUCCAAGGACCGCAUGUCAGAGGCCGAGGUCUACAUGGCCGAACUGAAGGACAUACAGGCCAAGAUUGAGGCCUUCCAAGAGGAGAAAGUUCUCAUCAACAGAGAGGAGCAAAUGCUUGCAGUGGAAAACCUGACUUCCUACCCGCAGAUUCAGGAGUUCAUGGUGCAGAAGGAGCCGUAUGACAAGUUGUGGACGACUGCUGUGCACUUCCACGCUCAGAAUGAGAAGUGGACCAAAGGGCCGCUGCUCAAUGUGAAUGCAGAAGUUGUGGAAGAAGAGAUUCAGCAGCUGUGGAAGACAGUGUACAAGCUCAUCAAGAACUUCGCCCAGCAAGACCACAGGGGCCCAAUGCGUGCUGCGACCACGAUCAAAUCCAAGCUGCAGCGCUUCCAGAUCAACCUGCCACUCAUCAACGCGCUCUGCAACCCAGGCAUCAAGGAGCGCCACUGGGCCAUGAUGUCGGAGAAGGUGGGGUUCAACAUCACGCCCACGGAGGAGACCCCCCUGGAGGAGGUGCUGCACCUGGGCCUGGAGAAAUACCUGGACAAGCUGCAGAUGAUCAGCUCGCAGGCUAGCAAGGAGUUUGCUCUGGAAAAUGCCAUGCGGAAGAUGAAGCAGGACUGGAAGAACAUGUUCUUCACGUUUGUCCCAUACAAGGACACCAAGAUCAGCAUCCUUGCUGCUCCAGAUGAUGUGCAGGUUUUGCUGGAUGACCACAUUGUGAAAACCAUGACGAUGAAAGGCUCUCCAUUCAUUGGCCCAUUUGAAGAAGAGAUUAACCAAUGGGAUUCACUUUUGCACCGUAUGAAGGCUACCUUGGACUCCUGGUUGAAGGUGCAGGCAGCAUGGCUCUACCUGGAGCCCAUAUUUGGGUCUGAGGACAUCCGUAGUCAGAUCCCCGUAGAGGGACAGAUGUUUGUGGAGGUUGAUGGACACUGGAAGACCAUUAUGGAGAAUGCGGUGUUGAACACAGAGGCCCUGGUGGUUGUGUCCCAGGACAGCAUGCUGGAGAAACUCAAAUAUUCUGAGUCCAUGCUAGAAGAUAUCCAACGAGGUUUGAACCUGUACUUGGAAAAGAAGAGAUUGUUUUUCCCAAGGUUUUUCUUCUUAUCCAAUGAUGAACUCUUGGAAAUCCUGUCUGAAACCAAGGACCCAUUGCGGGUGCAGCCCCACUUGAAGAAAUGUUUUGAGGGCAUCUCUCAGCUCAGUUUCACGCCUGACAAGGUCAUCACAGCCAUGGAGUCAGCAGAGAAAGAGGUUGUAACGCUCUCUGAGACCAUUAUACCGGCAGACGCGAAGGGACUAGUGGAGAUAUGGCUCUCUAAGGUGGAGGAGAAGAUGAAGCUAAGUCUGAAGGAGGUCAGUCUCAAGGCAACAGACGGGUACGGGAAGACUUCCCGCAGAGAGUGGGUGCUGCAGUGGCCUGGCCAGGUCGUGCUGGCUGCCUCACAGAUACAUUGGACUGCCGAAGUCACACAGGCCAUCAAGGGCCACUUCCUUGGUCCCUACCUCCAGAAAAGCAACAAACAAAUUGACGAGAUUGUUACCAUGGUGAGGGGAUCCUUGUCUAAGAUGGCGCGUAUCACCUUGGGUGCUCUUAUCGUGCUUGAUGUUCACGCUCGAGAUGUGGUGCAGCACCUGGUUGACAUUGAGAUCAAGUCUCCGCUAGACUUCUCCUGGAUCUCUCAGCUGAGGUACUACAGAGAGGAGAGCAUCAUCAAUGUGAGGAUGAUCACCACAACGGUUGCCUAUGGUUACGAGUACCUUGGAAACACGGGUCGACUGGUCAUCACGCCGCUGACUGAUCGGUGUUACCGGACUCUGAUGGGGGCACUGCUGCUCAACUUAGGAGGCGCCCCUGAGGGGCCAGCUGGAACCGGAAAGACUGAAACGUCAAAGGAUUUGGCAAAGGCAGUAGCCAAGCAGUGUGUGGUGUUCAACUGUUCCGAUGGACUGGACUAUCAGGCGAUGGGCAAGUUCUUCAAGGGACUGGCACAGUCUGGGGCCUGGGCUUGCUUUGACGAGUUUAACAGAAUUGAACUGGAGGUGUUAUCAGUGAUAGCCCAGCAGGUACAGACUAUUCAGCGCGCCAUAGCGGAGCAGUUGACGCUGUUUGUGUUUGAGGGUACGGAGAUCUCCCUGGACCCCACUUGUACCAUCUUUAUCACCAUGAAUCCAGGGUACGCUGGCAGGGCAGAGCUGCCAGACAAUCUCAAGGUCCUGUUCCGCACAGUGGCCAUGAUGAUUCCAGACUAUGCAAUGAUCGCUGAGAUCUCCCUCUACUCAAUGGGCUUUGUUGAAGCUCGCAGCCUGUCCACCAAAAUUGUCGCCACAUACAAACUGUGUUCCGAACAACUGUCUUCCCAGCAUCACUAUGACUACGGCAUGCGGGCUGUGAAAUCUGUCCUCACUGCUGCUGGAAACCUGAAAAUCAAGUACCCUGAACAACGAGAGGAUGUCCUUGUUUUACGCUCCAUAAAUGAUGUGAAUCUUCCAAAGUUUUUGUCGCACGACAUCCCGCUGUUCGAGGGGAUUAUCUCGGACCUGUUUCCUGGUGUGAUGCUUCCUAAGCCCGACUAUGAUGCACUGGAGGCCGCCCUUCUCAAGAGGAUUGAGGCGAGAAACCUGCAGGCCGUGCAAUACUUCAUUGACAAGAUCGUUCAGAUCUAUGACAUGAUCUUGGUUCGCCACGGUCUGAUGAUUGUCGGGGACCCACUGGCAGGGAAGACCUCCUCAUUCACCGUUCUAUCAGAGGCCUUGGCAGAUCUACAUGACCAGGGACUGAUGGAGGAAAACGGGGUCUGGUAUCGAGUCAUCAACCCGAAGGCUGUGACAAUGGGGCAGCUGUAUGGUAGAUUUGAUCCAGUCUCUCAUGAAUGGACUGACGGUGUGCUUGCCAACACAUUUCGUGAGCAUGCCUCCAGCACCAGCCAUCACAGGAAGUGGAUCAUAUUUGACGGCCCCGUGGACGCAGUCUGGAUUGAGAACAUGAACACCGUACUGGAUGAUAACAAAAAGCUGUGCCUGAUGAGUGGAGAAAUCAUCCAGAUGAACAACAAACAGAACAUGAUCUUUGAGCCGCAGGACCUGGAGGAGGCCUCGCCAGCCACUGUCAGCAGGUGUGGCAUGAUCUACAUGGACCCCCUACAGCUGGGCUGGCAGCCCCUUGUGAAGUCCUGGAUGAAUACCACGCUGCCAGAGUUCAAACUUACACAGGAGCAGAAGGACACUAUCAGGAUGCUGUUUGAGUGGCUGUUGCCUCCAUGUCUGAACUUCGUGACCAAGCACUGCAAGCACAUCCUGGCCUGUCAGCCCAUGCACCUGACUGCCAGCAUGCUGAAACUCUACCAGUGCCUCCUCAUUGACAUCAAGAAGAUUGGUGAUGAGGAUGAUGACGAUGAAGACAUAUUCCAAGAGGACCUGGAGGAAGGGGAAGUGAAACAGGAUGAAAAAGUGACCAGUUUGACGGAUCAGAAAAUCAUCGAAGAGAAGACGAACAUGCUCACAUGCUAUUUCCUGUUCUCCAUGGUCUGGUCUGUGGGAGCAACAUUGGAUGAAAACUCCAGAAUCAAGUUUGACGAGUUUUUCCGAUCGCUUUGUGAGAUGGAGAGUGUUAAAGACAAGCAUCCCAGGGAGGAUGACAUAGAAAAGCCCCAUAGGCCUAAAGACCUGAAGUUUUCACGAGGUCUGAUGAUCCCAAAGCGAGGCCUGGUCUAUGACCACGUGUAUCUACGGAAACAGUUCGGGUCCUGGAACCACUGGAGCUCCCUCUUGUCCACGGUGGACAUCGAUGAGAAAACUAAGAAUUCCACUGACGAGAGGGACAGAGAGCUACGAAUAUUGAUAAAUGAGUUGAUCAUCAACACGACGGAGACUGAGCGUCAGAAGUACUUCCUGGAGCGUUUGCUUCUUAACGACAAGCCGCUACUGUUUGUGGGCCCAACAGGAACCGGGAAGAGCGCCAUCACAAACAACUUCCUGUCACAGCUCCCGAAGGACAAGUUCAUUAUAAAUAAUGUCAACUUCUCCGCACAGACCUCUGCAAACCAGACCCAAGAUAUAAUUUUCUCCAAACUAGAUAGAAGGAAGAAAGGCGUGUAUGGGCCGACCCCCGGGAAGCAGCUGGUCGUAUUUGUGGAUGAUCUGAACAUGCCCGCAAAGGAGAAGUACGGAGCCCAACCCCCUAUAGAGGUACUGCGACAGUGGAUAGACCAGGGCUACUGGUUUGAUAGGAAGGACACCAGUAUUCUAAAUCUGGUAGACAUCAGCAUGUUGUGCGCUAUGGGGCCACCAGGUGGGGGUAGGAACAACGUCACGCCACGAUUCCUCCGCCAUUUCAAUGUCAUCGGCAUGCUUUCUUUCGAUGAGGAAACCAUGAAAAACAUAUUUGCGCCAAUUGUCGACUGGCACUUCCGAACAUUUGAAAAUAACCACAGAAAAUGGUCAAGGAUAAUUGUGACUGCUACCCUGGAGAUAUACCAGAAGGCAAUCAAGAACUUCCUGCCUACCCCCUCCCGCUCUCACUAUGUCUUCAAUCUGAGAGACUUUGCCAGGGUGGUUCAGGGCGUGUUACUGCUGAAGGCUGAGGUGAUAGCAGAAGGCCAGGAGGGCUCACAGAAGAUCAUUCGUCUCUGGAUCCAUGAGGUCUACCGGGUCUUCUAUGACAGGCUUGUUGACGAAGUGGACAGAGACCUGUUCUUCAAUAUGGUCAAGUUGUGUGUGGAGGGCCAGUUCAAGGAGAAGAUGAAUGCCCUGUUUUCCCAUAUCACGGGUGAUCCCAAGGCGGAGACGACGGACGACAACAUCCGCAGCCUUAUGUUUGGAGACUACCUCAGCAAGGGCAAAACCGAGAAGCUCUACGACGAGAUAGAAAAACUAGAUGAGCUGAGAGAGACUAUAGAGCACUGCCUGGAAGACUACAACAUGAUGAGUAAGGCCCCCAUGGAUCUCGUCAUGUUCAGAUUCGCCAUUGAACACAUCUCCAGGAUUAGCCGUGUCCUCAAGCAGCCCAACGGACAUUGCCUCCUUGUUGGUAUUGGAGGCAGCGGACGUCAGAGCGCAACCAGGCUGGCUGCCUUCAUGUCCGACUUUGAGCUCUUCUCCAUAGAGAUCACAAAGAACUACAACAUGCCAGAGUGGCGGGAUGACCUCCGUAAGAUGAUCAGGAAAGCCGGUGACGAGGGCAUAUCGGUCGUCUUCUUAUUUGGGGAUCAUCAGAUCAAGGAUGAGACAUUCUUGGAAGAUGUGAACAUGAUACUCAAUACAGGGGACAUCCCAAACCUGUAUGACAAUGAGGAGAGACUGGAAAUCAUUGAAAAGAUGCAAACAGUUUGCCAGAAUGAGAAUUCACAGAUUGAAAGGACCCCCCUGAACAUGUACAACAAAUUUGUUGAGAGAGUGCGCCGAAACCUGCAUGUUGUUCUAGCGUUUUCACCCAUAGGAGACGCCUUCAGAAACAGAAUCCGAAUGUUCCCUUCUCUGAUCAAUUGUUGCACGAUAGACUGGUUCAAGGCUUGGCCCGAGGAUGCAUUGGAGCUGGUUGCCAACAAGUUCCUUGACGAUGUAGAGAUGACCAACGAAGUGCGCAACGAGACUGUUGUCAUGUGCAAACACUUUCACGAGAGCGUCAGGGCCCUCUCUGAAAAGUACUACAACACAAUGAGGCGACGUAACUAUGUGACCCCGACAUCAUACCUGGAGCUGAUUAAGACAUUCAAGAAUCUGCUCAAGAAGAAGCGUAUGGAGAUAUUGACCUUGAAGAACCGAUACCAGGUUGGACUGGAGAAACUGGACUUCUCAGAACAACAGAUCAACAUCAUGCAGAAGGAGCUCAUAGAGCUGCAGCCACAGCUGAUCCAGACAAGCAAGGAGACAGAGGAGCUCAUCCUUGUCAUCGAACGUGAGAGCAUCGAGGUGCAGGAGGUCAAGCAGGUUGUGGAGGUGGACGAGGCCGCAGCAACCAAGGCCGCAAACGAGUCACACGCCAUCAAGGUUGAAUGUCAAGAAAAACUGGACAUUGCAAUGCCGGCUAUGAACGCGGCUAUCGCAGCCCUGGACACCCUCAAACAGAACGACAUCAGCCUGGUGAAGGCGAUGACAAGCCCACCAGCCGGUGUGAGGCUUGUAAUGGAAGCCGUCUGCAUCAUGAAGGGCAAGGGGCCUGAGAAGAGACCAGACCCCAACGGCAAGAUGGUGGAAGACUAUUGGCCGGUUGCCAAAAAGAUGCUUGGAGACCUCAAAUUCCUUGAAAGUCUGAAAGAAUACGACAAAGACAACAUUCCAGCGCAUAUCAUGAAGAAGAUUCGCGCUAACUAUAUCAAUAACGUUGACUUUGAUCCUGCUUUGAUCAAGAACGCUUCAUCAGCCUGCGAGGGCCUGUGCAAGUGGGUGCGUGCCAUUGAUGUUUACGACGGCGUUGCCAAGGUAGUAGCGCCUAAGAAGGAGAGUUUGUCAAAGGCAGAGGCGGAGUUAGCGGAGCAGAUGGCCAAGUUAAAUGAGAAGAGGGCAGAGCUGAAGGCAGUCACGGACAAACUGGAGAACCUGCAGAACAACCUACAGCGGAAACAGCAGGAGAAACAGAUGCUGGAGGACAAUAUUGCCCUGACCAAGGUGAAGAUAGAGAGAGCUGAGAAAUUGAUCAGUGGACUUGGAGGGGAAAAGGAGAGAUGGACCAGGAACAUAGAGGAACUGACAGAGACCUAUGACAACAUUAUCGGUGAUGUCUUACUGUCCGCCAGUGUUGUUGCCUAUCUGGGACCAUUCACUCUGGCCUACAGACAGGACUGUUUGAAGCAGUGGUACACGAUGUGUAAAGAGAAGGAGAUACCUGUGUCGGAACAUUUCUCACUGCAUGGGACCCUGGGGGAUCCUGUGAAGAUAAGAGACUGGCAGAUAGCGGGCCUGCCUGUUGACAAUUUCUCCGUGGACAAUGCAUUGAUAGCAACAAGCGCCAACCGAUGGCCCCUUAUGAUUGACCCCCAGGGUCAGGCCAACAAGUGGGUCAAGAACAUGGAGAAGUCCAACAAGUUAGAGGUCAUCAAACAGUCGGACCAAAACUUUACACGCUCACUGGAAAACUGUAUACAGUUUGGUAACCCGUGCCUACUGGAGAACGUGGGCGAGGAACUUGACCCAAUUCUGGAGCCAAUCCUGCUGAAGCAGACGUUCAAGCAGAGCGGGCUCGACUACAUGAGGAUAGGGGACCAAGUGGUCGAGUGUAGCAAGGACUUCCGCUUCUACAUCACCACCCGCCUCCGUAACCCACACUACCUACCAGAGGUCUCCGUGAAGGUGACCUUGUUGAACUUCAUGAUCACCCCCCUGGGCCUUGAUGACCAGUUGCUAGGCAUCGUGGCUGCACGGGAGAAGCCAGAGCUGGAGGAGAAGAAGAAUCAGCUGAUCCUGGAGAGCGCGCACAACAAACGACAACUCAAAGAGAUCGAGGACAAGAUACUCGAGGUGCUCUCCGAAUCGGAGGGCAACAUUCUAGAGGAUGAGACUGCCAUUGAAGUGCUGUCAUCCAGCAAGGUUCUCUCCCUUGAAAUCUCAGAAAAGGAGGUUAUCACGUCAAGGACUGAGAUCGAGAUAGAUGAAGUACGCAAUGGCUACAAACCAGUGGCCAAGCAUGGCAGCAUCCUGUUCUUCACAAUAUCCGACCUGGCCAACAUCGACCCCAUGUACCAAUACUCCCUCACCUGGUUCAUCAACCUCUACCUCCAGUCAAUAACGAACAGCAGCCGGUCACCUGUUCUGGAGGAGCGUCUAGAGAACCUUAACAGUCACUUCACAUAUAGCAUCUACAAGAACGUGUGCCGCUCACUUUUUGAGAAGGACAAACUGCUCUUCUCUUUCAUCCUCUGCAUUAGUAUUGAAAAAUCCAAGGGCAUGAUCAAUGACAGUGAGUGGCGGUUCCUGUUGACAGGAGGCGUUGCCUUGGAGAACCCUUUCCCUAACCCCGCCCCUCUGUGGCUGGCAGACAAGUCCUGGGGCGAGAUAGUCCGUGUGUCUGAUCUGCCUGCAUUUAAAGGGUUCAUGGAGCAGUUCAAGAUGAAUAUUUCUGUGUGGAAGAAGAUCUAUGACUCUCCCAGCCCCCAGACGGAGGCCCUACCAAGCCCCUGGCAGGAACGUCUCACCAAGCUACAGAGACUCAUAGUGCUGAGGUGUCUGCGGCCAGACAAGAUGGUGUCAACCGUUCAGACGUACAUCCUGGAGGAGAUGGGUCAGCAGUACAUUGAGCCCCCGACAUUUGACCUCUCUCUGAGUUACGAGGACUCCAACUCUUCCUCCCCGCUCAUAUUUGUUCUCUCCCCGGGCGCCGACCCAAUGGCUGGCCUCUUCAGAUUUGCAGAGGAGAAAGGUUUAAUUUCACGCCCCAUGGCGUCACGGCAAACAACCAUGAUCAGUAACCUUGGAGAAUCAUCAGACUUGACCCCAGGUCAGUCCUCUGAGGUUGAAGGGGUCAAAGGUCAGGGUCACAUGACAGAGGAUGAAAGGCGUCGCCGUGUGUCCAGCAUUCUUGGUGGAGAUGCAGCUGUCAUUGCAAAUCAAGAACUUCUGGCCCGGAUGGGCAGCAAGGCGUUGCAGACGAUAUCGCUAGGUCAAGGUCAAGGCCCCUUUGCUGAGAAGUUGGUGAUGGACGCUGUAGAGGCGGGCACCUGGGUGGUCCUGCAGAACUGUCACCUGGCUGCCUCAUGGUUGGGAGAGCUUGAGAGGAUCUGUGAAACAGUAAUCACUGACCAAGCACGCAUGAAGGACACAUUCCGUCUGUGGCUGACCAGCUACCCGUCCCCCGUGUUCCCGGUUAGUGUGCUCCAGAACGGGGUCAAGAUGACGAAUGAGCCGCCCAAGGGUCUGCGUGCCAACCUACUGCGCUCCUACCUCAAUGACCCAAUAUCUGAUCCUGCGUUCUUUAAUUCUUGCAAUAAACCAAAGGUGUUUGAGAAGCUACUGUUUGGGCUGUGUUUCUUCCACGCGCUGGUCCAAGAGAGACGCAAAUUUGCCGGGCUUGGCUGGAACAUUCCGUACGAGUUCAACGAAUCAGACCUGCGCAUAUCUGUACGACAACUUGAGAUGUUCAUCAAUGACUACGCGGAGCCACCCCUAGAGGCCCUCACCUACCUCACAGGUCAGUGUAACUACGGGGGUCGGGUGACGGACGAUCAGGACAGGCGUCUCAUCAUCAGCAUCCUGGAGAUCUUCUACAACCGCGACAUCAUCACCGACGAUGCAUAUCGAUUCUCCAGCAGUGGGAUGUACUAUGCCCCGCCCAAGGGUACCUACGAUAGCUACGUUGCCUACAUACGCAGUCUGCCACUGAUACCCCACCCUGAGGUGUUUGGUCUCCAUGAGAACGCAGACAUCACCAAGGACCAGAAAGAGACCCAGCAGCUCUUUGAUGGCAUUCUCCUCACCCUGCCCAGACAGCCUCUACAACAUGACAGCUGGAGCAUUUAUAAUUCUGCUCAAAUCAGGACAGAUUCAAGCAUUAUUUUCAAAAAAUUGAUCGGCGCAGGUCAGUCAACUCAGGAGGUGAUUGAGGAACUGGCAGCUGACAUCCUCUCCAAGAUCCCUCCGGACUUCAACUUGGAGGAGGUUCAGGCCAGGUACCCGGUGCGUUACGAGGAGUCGAUGAACACAGUGCUGGUACAGGAGCUGAUCCGGUUCAACCGGCUGAUCCAAGUGGUGCGAACUAGCCUGCAGGACAUACGCAAGGCCAUCAAGGGGCUCGUACUGAUGUCCUCUGAGCUGGAGGACAUGUUCGACAGCAUGAUGGUUGGCAAGGUGCCCGCCAUGUGGGCUGCCAAGAGUUACCCCUCCCUGAAGCCCCUGGGCAGCUACAUCACCGACCUGCUGGCCCGCCUGGCUUUCUUCAAGGAAUGGAUCUACUCAGGUAGCCCAGUGGUGAAGUGGAUAUCAGGGUUCUACUUCACUCAGUCAUUCCUGACUGGCGUGCUGCAGAACUACGCCCGCAAGUUCCAGAUACCCAUAGACCACCUGGGCUUUGAGUUUGAGGUGAUGAGUCAUGAUACCAGCAUGCCCCAGAAACCUAGUAACGGUGCCUAUGUCAGAGGUCUGUUUAUGGAGGGAGCGCGUUGGGACAGACAGAAGAAAAUGAUCAACGAGUCACAACCAAAAAUACUCCAUGAAAUAGUGCCUGUUAUAUGGUUGAAACCUGGUAAAACAGAGGACUUUGAAAAGAAGCACAAUUACAGCUGUCCAGUGUACAAGACAAGUGCUAGACGCGGUGUUCUAUCCACCACUGGUCACUCCACUAACUGGGUCAUGACCAUCAACUUCCCGUCUGACCAGCCAGAAAACCACUGGAUCAACCGUGGGGUGGCAUGCCUCUGUCAACUAGACAACUGAACACUGACCUUUUUGUCUUCAUAAUUCAGUGUCUGGAUUUGAAAAAAACGAACUUUUAACUACCAGAACUUUGCUUGACUGAUCCUGACAAUUCUGUUGAGUGUAUUCAGACUAAGGUUGCCUUUGAGAUUGCAAAAUGGAGCUGAAUUGUGCUUCUUGAUUUAAUAGAUUUAUAUAAAACAUUUCUACACAGGUCAUAUUUUUAUUUUCUGUGUAUUUCAUCUACAUGAUUUUUGUAAUGUGGCUUGAUUUAUCAGGUCAUAUACAGAAGGCUCAAACUUUGCUCAUGUUUGAUAUUUAGGUAAAUUGGGAUUGUCUAGAUCAAAAUAACAAGUUGCUGCACCCUGCUCCUUAUUGCUUCCCCCACUCCUGUCCCUCUUGACUAUGCAAAACAAAAUAUAAAAUCUUUCAACAAUUAUUUUAUUUUUGCUAAUAUUUAAUGGCCACAAAAGGCCAUCCACUUUUUAAAUACAUUUAUUUAAAGUGUUAGACUAAGAGAUAACUUAGAUUUAGCAAAUGGCUAGAAAAUGUCACCGGACUGGUCCGGUGUCCACCAUGUCACGUUUUAGUAUUUCGUUACACAUAUAGACUGGACAUAUAUUUUACUAGUAGUUUGUUUCGAAAAAAUCUAUUGCUAAUACCUGGUACAUUUGUCCUUAACGCUUUGGAGUACAGGAAAAGAAAUCAACGUUUCUACAAUAUUUAAUAGUGACUUGCAGAUGUUAGGUACUCAUGAAUUGUUUUGUUUAAGGUAGCACAAUGUAGACUAAUUCAUCUUUAUUCAAUUAUUUUUUAUCAUUUGUUUACUUAUAGAAAGGUGUUGGUUUCAUAACUUGUAUAGCAUUUUUAACUUUUGUUUCGAGGUACUGAUAUAUUUUUUUGAAAGUAUGCACAAUAACUUAUCUGAUUGAAUAAUUAUACUUCUUUACAAACUUUAUUUUGUCUAUGUGGUAAAAAUUGUAUAAAAUAAGAGUUAACUUUCUGUUUUAUGUACAAAUUGGCAUCAUAGGUGCAUUUAUGUUUAUUUUACACAGAAUUCUCAUUGCCUCUCAAAAGUAAUAUUUAUUAUGAAAUUAUUUAUUAUAAUACAAAAUGUAUGCAUGUAUUAAAACAUGUAUGAUUUAUCUUUGCAUUUAGUGUUUAAGCAUUUGUUAUAUUUGACUUAUUUGUUAUUGUGAUUGUUGAAAAUUAUGUCGUUAAUUUAUUGUGCCAACUGCCAAGUAUUAAAAAUUGCUGUGAUGUUUGACAAUAUGGAUAGUAUGGCAGUGUUUUAAUUUAUUCAUUUAUACACAUUAACUUAUCUUUUGUUAGCUUUAAUUUACUUGACUAAAGGUUGUUUUCAUUGCA